UUUGAUGUGGCCCAGUAUUUAAAAGCCCAUUCAGGGCCCAAAGUGCAGUCGGCUUCCUGUCGCCGGCUUCUUUCCAAACCCCAUUUCCGAGCUGACUUUCCAUUUCAGAGGCGCGCAAACGACGCGCAGUUGUCCGUUGAGCUGUUGUUCCGUGCAGUCAUGGAGGUUUCGCCGGAUAGCGAUUUUCCGUUGCCGUCAAACGAGGGGGAAGGAAGUCUUGUCUCAAUCUACUCCAACUAUCUUUACAAUCGGCUCCGAAGCUUCUUACCUGCUUCGUUGUUACCGACCGACGGUGUUCUGUCGAGGAUCGCGAACUUCUAUGGUUCGUCGAGGCGGAGACGCAGGAAAACUUGCUUACCCCUACCGUUGCCGUCUGCUGCGGCUGCCGCUUCUCUCGACCGAUCAUCUGCGUUUACACCAGAGGCGUGUAGAAUUUUUGAUGUUAUGGAAGAUAUUAUCGGGAGCACAAUUCAAAAUCUGCACAGAAUCCAGAAGCAUUUAGAUUUUUGGCAAUUCAGAGCUGAGGGUUCAAAUGCUCGGAAAGCAUACUUCAUGUUAUGUGAACGGGGACCGUAUGCUUUUGCUAAUGGUAGUGCUCAACUGCUACGUGAUUGUCUAGCUGAUGUUUCUGGGAUGCAGAAGCUUUAUUCUUCUGCAUCAUCUCAUAUAUCUGAGAGGAUUAGUGUAUUGACUAGCUUAAGAUACUUUUUAGCUACAUUUUUGGCCAAGGUUUAUAUGGAUGUUGAUAAGAUUGGUGAGGAUCUGGUCAAGGAUCCAGAGAAUUCACUGCCUGCACUAUUGCUUGCCAUCAAUGAAUCAUUUAUGAAAUUGGAAGCUUCAAUUGCUUAUUUUCAGUCAAAUAGCCAGAUUGGCUCAUCAGAGCAAGAAAGUUACUUGGAGCCUCUGAUGUUUGAAAAACUUUCUGAAGUAAAGAAUAUUUCUCAAUGGACUGAUCACGAUAUUCGAGAUUCCAUCAACUUGGUUUAUGAAAAUCUACGCAGAUUGGACUCUUACUUGUCUGUUCUUGUUUCCAAACAUCGCAAGCCAAGGAAAGUAACUUUGUACUGGAUACGUUACAGCUGUGGAAUUUUGGGUGUUUCUGUUUGUUCAUUGUGGCUACUUCGUCAUAGCAAAUUGAUGGGAAGCUCCGACAUUGACAAUUGGAUUCGUGAAGCGAAGGACUCAGCUAAAAGCUUUUGGAAUGAUCACGUAGAGCAGCCGGUUCUUUCCAUAAGGGAUGAGCUUUUUGAAACCUUCAGAAAAAGACAAAAAGGUGCAAUGGAACGGGAAGAGGUGCAGUUGACAGCUGACUCUCUACAUAGAACACUCCUAGCUUUUAGCGAGCAAACAACAGGUAAAAGAUUUCCAGAGAAUACUUCUGACCAGGAAAUGCUUGAGAUUGUAAUGACCAGAUAUGAAAAAGAACUCAUGCAUCCAAUCCAGGGUCUUGUGGGCGGAGAACUCGUCCGUGCUCUUCUAAUUCAGGUUCAGAAGUUAAAAUUAGAUAUUGAAGAGGCAAUGCUUGAGCUGGAUCAGAUCCUGAGGGCCAACGAAAUUAACUUUGCUAUCUUAGCUGCUUUGCCAGCGUUCUUCAUCUCUCUUGCUCUAGCCAUGUUGGUACGAGCAUGGUUGAAACAGGAUACCCGUGCUGAAGGUAGAGGACGAGUUGCUCGUAUCCAAAGAAGGCUUCUGCUAGUGGAGAUUGAGAGAGCUAUAAUGCAGAUGCAAAAUUUCAAUAAUCAAGGCCUGGAAAACGAUGCCCAAUGCAUGUACGGGCUGGUGCUGUGUUUUCUGGAUUCAUUACACUGCACGGUAGAGGGGCAUGCAAAGGCAACAGGUGAAUGGAUAAGUUUGAGACAGGACAUGAUGGAUCUGGCAAAGCCGGGGCUGAAACCUGACCAUAAGCUGCUCAUUACGUCGCGCAUGGAGAGAGCAUACGACUGCUUGUCCCCGUCGUCAAGGCGCAGUUAGUUAAUUCUCGAGUAUGAUCAUCUAUCUCUUAACAAUUGUUGGUUUGGAUUUUGUUUCAAUUAAAGCUUGUGAUUUUGAUC